AUGCUGAGCCUUGGGGCCACGGUCGUCGCCCUGGCCUUCCUGGCAGGAGUGGUUGACCCACACCUUCCCAUUGCAAAGCCCUCUGGCCCAAGACAGCAACCAGCCAAAGGGAGUCCAGCUGGGGGCGCCGGAGGCAAGUGUCCAACCGUGGCCAGCUAUAGGUUGUCAGCGGACAAGCUCCAGGAAUACCUGAAUGGCAGCCUGCCCGUCAAGAUCGAGGAGCUGGUCAAGUGCUCCGACGUGAACCUGGCUGGGCUCGUGGGCUCCCUGUUGAACACCGUGUGCGGCACCGACCUCCUGUCCCUGCUGCCCCUCGACGCUGUCUCUGGGCUGACAGACAUCCUUCCCCUGAACAUGCUGGGUGGCGUCCUGGGCAAGGGUGGCGAGGCCAAGGCCCCGAGCCCCGCCGAGGGCUCUGACGCUGCCACCGUCCCCGUGCCACCCGUGGUCCCCGACGGCCUGCCCGUCCCGGUCCCCGGGGCCGAGCCUGCCCUGGCUGCUGCUGCCGAACCCGUCUCCCAGAUCGCCAACGAUGUGGUUGCCAAGGCCAAGAGCGUGCCAGGGGCGGCUGGCAGCUUGCUGAAGGGCUUAGACUUGGGCAAGGUGGGCCCCGUCGGCGACCUCCUGAAGGUUGUUCCCACUGGCGUGGUCGGCGACACGCUGUCCUCCGUGACCUCCAUUGGCUCAGGCACGGGUGGCCUGGACGUGAGCGGACUGCUGCUGAACGCAAAAGUGGGUGAGGUCACAGUGAACAGCGUCACAUACACAAUGACAGACGGCGGGGUGGAAGCCCGGGCCUCAGUCACCGUCGACGUGACAGCAGACGGGCACUCCUGCGCCAACCAGCAGGGGCCCAGCCUCAGCCCAGCCACCGAGAAAGCAAAUGCUUUCUACAUCCAGGCAGCCAGGGUGGACAUGGAUGUAACAGUACUCAUCACCAGUGCACACGACCCCGCUAACAACACCUGCCAACUCGAAGUCGAACAGAAGGCCAUGGACGUCAACAAAGUGUCCAUCACGCUGGUGAAGACGGUCCUGGACACGCUGCCUCUGCCUCUGCCCCUGCCUCUAUCCUUGGACGAUGUGGUGCUGAUGGCCCUGAGCGUGGAACUGACUGAGAACGCUAAAGAAUCUUCCUGCGCCAUCCAGCUGGAUGAUUUCAACACAGGCAGGAAUGUGACCGGGGGAGUGUGCCAGUACACCAUUGCCACGACCAAGAUCUCUGCUGACGGCCUGUGCAUCUCCUACUGUAAAGCUGUCAAGACAUAUGUCAAUCACUGUGUUGAACCGGUCAGGGUCAAGGUCCAGGAUGUCGUAGCCCGGAUCAUCGAUCUCUUCUACACCUACCCCUCGCCUACUACCGUGAGAGUGACCUUCAAGUUUGCGUUGUUGAGGGGCGGCCAGGAGUAUGGCAUGGCUACUGCUAUGGAUGAGAUGCCAGACCUGAUGUCCACUGUGCUGCCCAAAGCAGUUUCUGCCAUCACUGAGAACAUUCGAGAGAACUUGCUUCAUGAAAAUGGGUACAAGGGAUGA